CUGAGUGCAAAUGUUUGUUUUAAAUUCUUCCAGUUCGUUCUUUUCUCACACAGUAAAUUCUUAACAGUUUUUUUUUUAAUUAGUUGAAAUGACGAGAAUAAAGGAGAAAUGUUUUGUUGCAUUAGCGGUGUUUGUUAGUUCUUUAUUGUUCCAUUUGGCCACAGCGCAACUCUAUGUAGCGGAAGGAUAUUUUGUGAUUGAUGACGAGACAGUGCAAAUGUACAUACGUGAGAUACCAGGCUCAGCAAGUCCAGCCACGAAAAGAGCACAAGCCGUGGCUGAACUAAACAAAGAUAUAAUCUACAUUUUGACUGAGGUAAACGCGUUGCUCGGAUCAUUAGCGAUGAAUGGUCUCAACGUUGAAGUACGAAUAAAAAAACUCGACAUUCUGAGUACCAAUAUUAUUCCUCCCAGUUCUAUUUUACCAGGCACAGAAAAUGUUGUAGAACCUUCAGAUGCUAUAAAGACAUUUGACAACUGGCUAGUAGCGCAAAACUCGUACAAUAACAUACACUACGAUUUUGCACAAUAUUGGACAGGGUACAAGUUGAAAGAUUUCGACGGUUGGACCUAUUUAGGAACAAUUUGCCAACCAAAGGAUGCUGACCACAUUGAAGUGUUUGAUGGUACGUACUGGACAGCACUGGGCACUGCUCAUCAAAUUUGCAAAUUACUUGGAUCGCAACAUAGUACUCACACUGAUAAUCGUUGGUUUUUACCUAGUUCUAUUGCCAGCGACAUACGAAAUAAAAUGGCCUCUCUUUCGCCAAAUUGUCUUCUGCAAACGGACCCAGCAUCCAGCAAACCAUUUAUAGAGUUUAGUGACUACACUGGACGUAUCCUGAACCCUGAUGUCACAUGCCAAAGAUAUUUAAACUAUUCCAACUCCUAUAUGUGCAAGGGAUGGCAUUUAUACGACAAUUUGCCCACUGGUGGAGACAGGGUGUGCUCAACAAUCUCAUGUUCAGGAAGAGAUGAGAACUAUUGCGAUGAAUAUGAAACACCAGAAGGCAUGAUAUGUGAUCCAGGGAAGAGAUGUCGACACGGAAGUUGUGUUGAAGACCUCCACACGCCAACAAAUAUAGACCCGAGUUGUGUUUUUGGUGACGAGGUGAGAACAGUAUAUGGCAACUACACCGGGCCGUGCUCAGACUUAAUAAUAAUGUACGGCCCCCAAGUAUGCUACGACAGUUUUAUCUCACAAGUAUGUUGUACCUCGUGCAAGGCUCAUCACACAGGGCGUACUGGUUGUGAGUACGGCGACCGAGAUAAUAACUGCCACACUUACUCUCAUUCUCUUUGUUCAAAUGUUUACUACCAAAAUGUUUGCUGUGAUUACUGUUUAUCUGUCAACGGAAAGCGUUGGCUUGAGCCAGGAAAUUAAAAUUACCAUCGAGAAAUUAACUAAAGCUAGAUGAUGAAAUGCAAAUUUUAUUUCUGAACUCUAUUCGUAGCUCAGAAAAGAUGAAUGUGUUCAAAUUCUUGAAAAUAAACAAUUACACAAGGCUCUGUAAAAA